CAAUUGUGACAACUGUCAAACCCUCGAAUUUUGGACUCUUGAUGAAAAAUCAGAUUGAUGUCAAUUUGUUUUUCCACCCGACAUUUGUAAAGAAUUUUCCAUUGAUAGCCGACUUCUAAUAAAUUUUAAUACAUCACAGUGUAGUGCAUAAGCUCUGGCCAGUGAAAUAUUUAUUAACAAAUAAUUCAAAUAUGGCUUUCAAUUUCACCGCGUUCACGUACAUAGUCGCUUUGAUAGGCGAUGCAUUUUUAAUAUUUUUCUCAAUAUUUCAUGUAAUCGCCUUUGAUGAGCUAAAAACAGACUAUAAAAAUCCCAUCGAUCAAUGUAACAGCCUGAAUCCGUUGGUGUUACCCGAAUAUUUACUACAUAUUUUCCUCAAUUUAUUGUUCCUGUUGUGUGGUGAAUGGUUCUCCUUGUGUAUUAAUAUACCAUUAAUUGCCUACCACAUAUGGCGCUACAAGAAUCGCCCCGUCAUGACUGGUGCAGGUCUGUACGAUCCAACCACUGUUUUAAGCACAGAUAAUUUGACAAAAAAUAUGCGUGAGGGUUGGAUUAAAUUGGCCAUUUACUUAAUUUCAUUCUUCUAUUACAUAUAUGGAAUGGUUUAUGCGCUAAUAUCUACGUAAAAGUAGUUUAAUAUGUAGUGAUCUCGAAAUUAAACAAAAAGAAAAAUAAAUAAAUUUAUAAUUACAACCAGCUCAACACUUAUAGCCAGAUGAACAAACCAAAUAGAAAGAAAUAUAAGUUUGAUUUUGGGUAAUUAUGAGUUGUACGUGUAAGAACGAAUAAAAGUCAUAUUUAUUACUAAUGUAUUCUCAAA